AUGGGGCCAAAGAAGGAGAAGAAAGCCAAGAAGGCCAAAGAGAAGAAAGACGAUGGCGCUGAGAAUGGUGGUGUACUCACUGCGGAAGAACAGGCGAAGCUUUUCCAGUCCGCGAAUCGGUCACUGCAGAUGCAACUAGCAGAGCGCCACGAGAUCACAGUCAAGACGCUCGAGUCCAAGCGAGAGCUGCAAGAGCGAGUGGCGGACUUGCAAAAAGACUUUGAACGGGAACGAAAGGAGACGUUCGGCAUAACGCAGGACAUGACACGGCAGUACAAGAGUAUGCAGGAGGAACUGCUGAAUCGGGUCAACACUCUGGAGAACACCAACACGGAGCUCCGGGACCAACUUGAGCUGGCACGAGUCAACUUUGAAGAGAUGAAGCACGAGAAGGACCGUAUCAUCGCCGCCAAGAACCUGGAGAUUCAGGAGCUCAAGGCCAAGAUGGAAGAGAUGGCUCAAGAGUUCGGUGACAUGCUCAAGGAGACGCUGGACAAGAUGCGAGAGCGCAUCGAGAUCACUAACACGAGCUUCGAGAGCGACGGUGGCUCGUUGCCCAUGAUGCGAAGGCUCGAGGAGUUCAACCUUGGAUCGCCCACAAAAUCCUAA